AUGGAUGACAAUCAAGUGCAACUGGUCUUUGACAGCCUGGCCCAACAUCGCCUAGAAGCUGUCGUUCGGAUGAUGCACGACCUGCGCCACAAAUGUGACCAAAACACUCGACAGUCAGACCCCAUAGUGUCACUUCGGCAGACAUCCCGACUCUUCCAAGCCAUUUCGGAACACUCAGCCUACGGCGUAGACCGCACACUAGACCAGGCAACCAGGACCCUACUAUUGCAGGCCACUCACCCCGACAGCAUCCGGUGGCUUACGGCAUCCCAAGUCGAGCUGAACGGCUACAUCGAGGAUUUCCGAAGCUUUAGCAGUUACAUAAUCGGCCGCUCCUCGUUUGAAGACCAUCUCGAUGACUCCACUGCAGUAAUGUACAAGUGCUACGACAUCAAUCCGGGCGUCGUGCUCCAGAGCAUCGAGCGGGAUUUCGACGAAACCGAGGCACCCGCGCGGCCGACCAGCCCACGUGCGCCCUCGUCGGAUGACAACAGCAGUACGCACCAGGCCUCGAGCGAGAUGCUGGCCGGCGCGACACAGACCCCCGACACGGACGACAGCAGCAGCAGCAGAAACAAGAGCACCAACGAAGACGACGCCGCACCACCCCUCGCCAAGCAGCGGCGGAGAUUCGCCGGCAGGCUAAAGAAGAGCAGCCUGCCGCCACCACCGCAGCCGCCGAGGGCGCGGAGCAACCGCUGCCGCCGCCAGCGCCGCGAGCGCUGCCAGCACCUCCUCGACGAGCCGCGGCGCAACGGCUCGUCGUCGUCGUCGUCCGGGCUCGGCAUCCUCUCGUGGCCGCCGUGUCCCAUCUGCGGCGUCAACAUGACGUUCGACGAGUACACGGCCGAGCUCAUGUACUGCAAGCGGUGCGAGGGGUUCCAGGUGCAUUCUGGGUGA